UUCGCAUAAUCGCAUCAGAGAAUCUGGCUUUGAGCUUCGAGUUCUCUGCCUUCGCCUCGCGUCGCGACGCCUGUACCAAGUAGCCGACGUUUCUGCUACGGGCAGAUAGGUCGGGUGACAGGUGGCCUCACUCACGCGCCUCUCUCACGGCUCGCCUCGCCUCGCCUCGCCUCACCUGAUCGCUGAUUCCCCACCGUUCCCGCCUUUCCGCCGUUCGCCUUUCCGCCUUUCCGCCGUUUCUCGUUUACUUUCGGGAAGUUCCCCCAGCCAUGGCGUCCGCAACUAUCACCGCAUCUUCCGCUGCCUCCACUCGCCUCGCCGGGCCUUCCGCCGGGAAACGCGGACAGCACGCCACGUGUUCGCUCACCGCAUCCUCCGGUCGCACCUCCGCGGCAGCGCUUACGAGCGAAUUCCUACCGUCGCUACCUGUGAAGACGCAGGCGCUGCGGGCAGGGGCCGGCCGCAAGCCCCGAGCAACCUCCGGGCGUCCCUGUCACGUGUUCGCGUCUGCUGAUGUGGCGCAGCUGCGCGGCGCCGCGCGAGGCGAUUAAUGACAUCAUCUCGAGCAAGUCGUGCAACCCCAUCCUGUCACCUCCCAACCACCUCCCAACCACCUCCCAACCACCUCCCUAUCACCUCCCAAUCACCUCCCAAUCGCCUCCCAAUCGCCUCCCAAUCCCCUCCCAAUCCCCUCCCAAUCACCUCCCAACCACCUCCCAACCACCUCCCAACCACCUCCCUAUCACCUCCCAAUCACCUCCCAAUCGCCUCCCAAUCGCCUCCCAAUCCCCUCCCAACCACCUCCCAACCACCUCCCAAUCGCCUCCCAAUCACCU